CAAAUCGACAAAAUUUGUGUUUUCUUCAAUGUCUGUGUAUCGAGAUGAAAGCAUUUUGAAAGGACUUCUGCGGGGUAAAACUAUAGAGUAAGGGGCAGAGUUACACUUAUUCAUAUUGGUUGAAUAGAAUGUGAGGAAGAUCAUUCAAGAAGCAAUUAAAUAUCAAAGACACUUCAGAAAGAAGUAACUCAAUUCCUAGGAUAUUGAAUUGGCUAUCAAGGAUCAAAAUUUGCUGAAGUCUGAGAUCUAUGGGUUUUAAUAUAUGGAUAGUAUUAAUUUAUCCAAAAGAAUGGACGAGUAUGUGCUCAACGAUCAAAGCUUGGAUCUAAGAGAUCUAAUUUCGCAUUAGAUGAGGACAGUUAAAAUCCCUCUCGGAUUUCCCUCUCUUUCCAUAUUCAAUGUAAUGAAAGAAUAUUAGAUGAUCAAUUCCCAGGAGACACAAUCCAUAAUGCAAUACAAGGACAUCAUGUAAACAGAGUCAUUCUAGAAUGUGGAGAGCAAAAAGACUUUCAAUAUAAUAAAGGACAAUGUGAUGAGUAUCUUGACAGUUCAUUAAUAAUCCAUCGUGAAAAAUUUUAAGGAUUUAUUUGAAAAAGAAGUAAUAAGUCUGAAAUUCAAUUUUUCUCAAGAGUUUGUUUAAUUGCUCUCUGAUUUGGAAAGCUACAAGGACGUGGCUCAGAUAGUUCCAUUUAUUGUUCAAUAUUUAUAUAGUUAGUAGGAUUAGGUUUAGCUGUUUUAUUACAAGCAUAGAUGUGUGAUAAUUGAAUGUUUGAAUAGAUUGAUAAUCAACAAUUAGAUAAAUCUGGAAUUUUAGUUGCAUCAAAUCCUGAAAAUCUUAGUUAAAUUUUUAACUGCUAAAAUCAUAGAAAUCAACAUCAAAUCAUAGAUAGAACUUCAAAUAAAGACAGCCAGAUGUUUGAAUUAUUUGCUUGAUAAAUUUAAUUUGAAAUAUUAAGCAUUAAGGCAGAAUAUUGAUAGAGUGAUUCUGGAAAAGUUCGAAAGAGUCAAAAGCAAAAUUGAAUAGAAAUGCUCUCACAAAUCACUAUUAAAGGCGUAUUCGAUAGUUCAAUACUUUAUUGAGCAAAAUGUGAGUGUUCAACAUCUGAAAUUCAUUGAACAAAUGAGUGAAUUGAUAAGAAAGAUGGAGCAAGGAAGAAAAUCGAUCACAGAAUUGAAUCCCGAUUUUGACCACAUUGCUGGACUAAUAUGUUUAUCCUUAGGAACUAUUUUGAUCAAAAUAAUUAAUGGAUUGGAAUAUCUGUAGCCCAAUUAUGAAAAUCAAUUUUAUCAUAUUAUCAAUAAUACAAGAUAGUUGAUGUAAGAAAUGGGAUUAUAUGAAAUGCUUAUAAUGCAAUAUAUGAAACGCUUAUAAUGCAAUAGUAUGUUUUAGGAGCAUAUGAUUUUAUGA